GAGGGGCGUGUGCCUUUGAGAAUUAUCUCGCAUCGCGCCCAGUGCUGAAUAAACUACAUACCUACUUUAAAACUCGCUCUGCCUCCGAGUUUUAGAGUCUUUUCCACGCGUCAUUUUGGCAACCCCAGGUGGGAUGUUCUCUGCCCAGCCGCAGGACUGGCUGAGGGGCGGACUUCCUAAGGCGCCCCUGGGAUUUUCCUGGAAGGAAUUCCGCUUCUCAGGUCGCUCACUGCGGGGGCAGACAACGACCCCUGAGCAGCGGAGAAAUGACCAAUUACCGAUACAACUGCUAGCAAAAGCUCAAGGUGUAUAAGCUUUCCCACUGCACUCCUAAGAAAAUCCUCAGAGAAACUUGGAAAAAUUGUAUUUGAAUACCAUUGACAUUGCUUGCUACAUUUGACACUUUCAUACAUAUAUGACAGGAUGCAAGACAGAGGCUGUGGCCAGGCAUUGCCUCUUUCUUUAAUGCUGAAGGAGACUUACUCUCCAGAGAGAGGCAGCAGUAAAGGAUAUCCUGAAAAUAUGUCAGAAGCUUCAUCUUACCAUGACUUUUUCUGUGAUCCCCUGUCAGACACACAGAAUGGUGAAUUUUCAAAUGAACUUUCUGCCUUCCUUACCCAGGAGGAGAUAAGUAAGAGCCUUGACAUAGCUCGAGAAGCCAUUGCCAAUUCCAUGGAGGAAGAUGAGAACACAGAACCAGACUUUACUCAUUAUCUCAACAGCUCUCUUUCUAGCCCUUCAGAAAACCCUUCUUUCAAGGACACCAACCUGCAUGAGCAAGACGCUUUACAGACACCUCAAGCAAGCAGUUGGACUUCAUCUGCUGCAAGUAAUGUUCUCCCAAGGAAUCAGAAAGAGCAAUCCCCUGCACCUCAGACAGAGGAUAGUUUUGUCACAGUUUCUAGGAGACCAGCAAGCACCUCACCUUUUCUACCUGCUAGUCCCAGUUUUGUCAGAAGCCUGAAAUAUUCAGAGAAAAGUGGUCCAUGUAUGCCCAGGACAAGCCCAAACUCUGAAUUGUCAUCCCAGGGAGAAGCUCCUUUAAGGAACAAGCUGUGUGACAAAGCUGCCACAUUCAUAGAGGAGUUAUCAUCUAUAUUUAGACAGGCAGUGAAGACAAGAGGCCGUAGUCCUGACGGGGACUCUUCUUCUCCAGACAGUGGAUAUCUCUCUCCUAAUAAGAAACAACCAGCUUUAAGUACCUUGGUGAACCAGGAGUUUGACAAACCCCAUCAAGAGUCUGAGGAAAAAUUACCUGGAGUUCAUCUGAAUGGAAAACGCUAUUCUGGAAGGGGAAGCAUCAUGGAGAGCAAAAUGGUCCUGUGCCGUCCCUUCAUCAACAUGGAAGAGCAUGAACUUUCACCACCUCUAUUCACUCAGAAGCUCCGGAGCCAGGAAGUUGCCGAAGGAAACAAAAUAUUGCUGGAGUGCAGAGUUGCUGGCAACCCAAUCCCUGAUGUCAGAUGGUUCUGUGAAGGAAAAGAACUCCAGAAUUCCCCUGACAUUCAGAUCCAUUCUGAAAGUGGAGGACUUCAUUCACUAAUUAUAGUAGAAGCCUUUGAAGACGAAUCUGGACGCUAUACUUGUCUGGCUUCAAAUUCUUUUGGUUCAGAUAGCACAUCAGCUGAAAUAUUCAUUGAAGGUGCGAGUUCUACAGAUUCAGAGACUGAAAGUUUAAUUUUCAAAUUAAAAUCUGGAGCUAUGCCACAGGCCCAAAAGAAAACUACUUCUGUUUCCUUGACAAUAGGAUCUUCUACACCAAAAUCAGAAGUGACCACAGCUGUAAUUCAACCUAACUCUGUGCACAGUCAGCAGGUUCAAAGUCCUACUUCAUAUCUGCACCAUCUGGAUGGACCCAAACCUAUCUAUUCUGCACCUAUUUUUACAAAGGAGCUACAAAAUGCCACAGCAUCUGAAGGACAAGUCGUGGUAUUGGAAUGCAGGGUCAGAGGACCCCCUCCCAUUCAUGUUAACUGGUUUCAACAGGGCAUUGAAAUUCAAGAUUCUCCAGACUUCAGAAUUCUCAAAAAAAAGCCACGAUCUGCAACUGAACCUGAAGAGAUAUGUACACUUGUAAUAGCAGAAACUUUUCCUGAAGAUUCAGGAAUUUUCACCUGCACAGCAACAAAUGAACAUGGUUCAGUAACAAGCAGUGCACAACUAACUGUCUGCUCAGCCAACUUGGAAUGCUCUAGUGAUGAUUUCCAUAAUUUCCCACCACUUCCUCCAGUUGAAAUUAGCUCUCUUGAGCUUCCUCCUAAGAAACACAUAGAUAUCCACCAAGCAAACAACACUGAGUUGAGACCUGGUGUGAUAGACCUUCAACAAGAGCUCGAUUCGUCUGAGGAAAAAUCAAAUGGCAUUCAUCCUCUUCAUGGAGUAAAUGGAAUGAUUAACAGCAAGCCAAAUGGUGAUAAAUCCAUCCCACCUCCAGCUGUCUUGCUUUCACCCACAAAGGAGCCACCACCUGUGCUUGCCAAACCAAAGCUGGACCCCAAAAAAAUACAGCAGCUGCAGAACCAAAUUCGUCUGGAGCAAGAAAGUGGACAGUGGUAUCGUCACCAACAGCAACCUGAUCAUCAUCAGCACCCUCCCUCCUCUCCUUCCUUUCCUCCUCCCCCCUCCUUCCAGGAGCUUGAAUCCAGCCAGUCUGCCACCUCUCCUGUGCCAAUGAGUAUUCUUAAUUCUCAUACUUCCCCAACCAUGCAGUCUUCCAGCUCCUUCAACUAUGCUCGGCCUAAGCAGUUCAUUGCUGCCCAGAACAUCAGCCCUGCUUCAGGUUAUGUGACUCCAUCUUCUGGGUCAUCUACAUCUAGCCUUCCUUCUCCUAUGUCUCCAACUGCUUCUCAGAAACAGUUUGGGAGAGUGCCAGUUGCUCCCUUCUUUCAGCAGUUUGCUCCAGAAGGGGAAUAUGCCUGGUCUCCUUCUUCUCCAUCCCCUCCACCCCCACCUCCACCUGUCUUUAGUCCAACAGCGACAUACCCAGUGGUUGAUUCCUUUCCACUUCCACCUCCUCCGCCUCCUCUUCUUCCUUCACUGUCUUCACCUUCCCCCAGCCUGUCUCCAACUCCAGGAUUUCCUAAUUCCAGCCAGUCUCCAGCAGCUUUUCUCAGCUCCAUGCUGCCAUCCCAGCCACCACCCAUUUAUGUCAACGCAUUAGGCCUCACAAAAGGAGUGAUGCCUCCCGGAUUUCCCAAGAAAACAGGCAGAACUGCUAGGAUAACAUCAGACGAAGAGAUUCAGGGGUCAAAAGAUGCUGUAAUUCAGGAUCUGGAGAGAAAACUUCGCUUCAAAGAAGACCUUUUAAACAGUGGGCAACCGAGAUUAACAUAUGAGGAAAAAAUGGCUCGUCGAUUGCUGGGAGCAGACAGUGCUGCAACUGUCUUCAAUAUACAGGAACCAGAAGAAGAUCCUGCUAUACAGGAAUAUAAAGUCUCCAGCUUUGAGCAAAGGUUGAUCAGUGAAAUUGAAUACAGGCUGGAGAGAUCUCCUGUGGAAGAAUCAGAUGACGAAGUGCAACAUGGAGAUGAACUUAUUGAUAACAGUAUAUCACCAUAUUUUGAGAUAAAGCUGAAGCACUACAAAAUCUUUGAGGGAAUGCCAGUCACAUUCACAUGCAAAGUGGCAGGAAAUCCAAAGCCAAAGAUUCAUUGGUUUAAAGAUGGGAAGCAAAUUUCUAAACGAAGUGAUCGCUACCGAAUUCAAAGAGAACCUGAUGGAACUUGCUCACUGCAUACUGCAGCCUCCACCCUGGAUGAUGAUGGGAAUUACACCAUUAUGGCUGCUAACCCACAGGGCAGAGUAAGUUGCACGGGCAGGCUGAUGGUUCAAGCUGUAAAUCAAAGAGGCCGCAGUCCGUGGUCACCUUCAGGUCAACCUCACAUAAGAAGACCACGAUCUCGAUCAAGGGACAGUGGUGAUGAAAAUGAACCAAUUCAGGAACGAUUCUUCCGGCCUCAUUUUCUGCAGGCUCCUGGAGACAUGACUGUUCAAGAAGGAAAACUAUGCAGGAUGGACUGCAAGGCAAGUGUCAUGCAAAGGGUAGCAGCAGCCUUUUGAUAACAUCAGCUGACUCAAAAACCACGUUGGUUUCUUUUCAAAGCAGUUUUGCCUAUUGGCAGUUUCGUUGCUUGUUAGUAGGGUAAUUAAUGUCAUUGCUUAUGAGUGAGUAAGUGGACAAUAAAAGUUAGCCUCCCCUCCAAUGAAAGUGCUUCAGGCAAAUCUUAGAGCUCACAGUAAACUGAUUUAUAGAAUUCAGCUACACUGGGGUGUGGAGGGAAGCAGCACACACUAUAAAGCCAAUGUAUUUCUACAUUUUAAGUCCUUUUACUACUUGAGUGCUGAACCGCCAUUAAAAGUUUCAAACAGUAUAAACCUGAUUUGUGACUGCUGAGCAGAAAUAAUUCAGGCUUGGGUGACUUCUGUUUACUUUAUGCUGACCUAUUUGGGAGAAGCUGUUUGCUCUGAAGCAAGCUCCCCACAGCAAGUGGCACGGCUUUCAAGAGUGCUAGACUUGUCCAUACAGACCAAGCAUUAACUAGUGCAGGUAGUGCUGUCACUAGGGCACACCUCAGUGGAAUGGAACUUCAGAGGUCAGUAGUUAGUCAGCUAACAUCUUUUUGUCUGCAAGUUUUCCUACAAGAAGUUAAUCUAGAAAGGAGUAUCUUCUCAUUCCACCUGAAGAGCAAACAAUAA